ACUCAUUCGUCAUAAUGAUUGGUUGGGUAGCACUCCGCGAAGCCCGGUUGCAGAUGAAUCAGCCAUGAUUAUCAGUUCUCCAACGCUUAGACAAGGAAUGCUAGUUCAUGAGCGGCGUAUGGACGUCUAUAUAACAAUUGCUAUGUUAUGCCAUUCCCAGAUUUGAAUAAUCUCCAACAGCCAGAUAACAGUAUCUCCGUUCUUAUAUUCAAUUUGUUAUUAUCUCUUGAACCAUAGCCCACACGGUUUGAGGUCUAUAGCAACAUGGACAUUACCGGAAAUGCAUUUGUUACUGGAGGAGGAAGCGGAAUUGGGAAGGCCUGUUCUAUAGCUUUGGCAAAGGAGGGGGCUAAGGGCAUCCUUGUGGCAGAUAUUAACCUAAAGGCUGCCGAAGAAACCAUUGCGGAAGCUACUGCUGUUGCUACUAAUCCUGAUUUCCGUGCUGAGGCAAUUCACCUUGAUGUCACGAGCGAAGAAUCGGUCAAACAAACCGUUGCCAAAAUGAUCGAGUCUUUUGGACGCAUUGACUACUGCAUACACUGCGCAGGAACCGGAUUAUCGUCAUAUCGACCAGUUGACGAAGCUAGCUUAGACGAGUUGAAGAGAUCCCUCGCCGUCCAUGUCCACGGGACCUUCCUUAUAACUAGUCUAAUCUCGGCGGCCAUGAAAUCGCAAGAACUGGUGACGGUCGACUCUGCUCAUCCAGAGCGAGGUGGAACUCGUGGUUCAAUUGUCGUCCUAGGUUCAUCAGCUUCUAUAUUCGCAAUACCUCACUUGGUGCCAUAUACUGCGUCGAAGCAUGCUGUGCUGGCAAUUGCCAAGACGGCUGCCAUGGAAAGCGGUGUUCAUAAUAUCCGGGUGAACUGUAUCUGUCCUAAUUGGACUGAUACGCCUAUGCUACGGCACACACUGGAGAUAUCCGAGGAGAUGACUGUUGAAUCGCUCUUGGCUACUAUACCGAUUAAACGGCUUUGCACGGCUCAUGAUGUUGCCGAUGCUGCACUUUUCUUGUGCAGCCCGAGGUCAUGUUAUAUAACAGGAGUUGCCUACCCCGUUGAUGGUGGUAUGGCGCUCACCAUGAAGACUUGAUUAUUACUGUCUAGGGCUAGUUAUCUACCCAUCAGGCUUAAAGCAAAACAUGUAAGGUACUUACAAGGUAGUAACGAAGUAGACUGACCUUCCCCCUACUAUAUGUCGUUUUCCUAUUCCACCUCGAUCUACUUGAGGGCAAAUGAUAUCUAUCGUAUAGGUUAGAGGCUAGAGUACGAAGAAGAUUGUGGAGUACUCUCCCAUAACUUAAGAUGAUCUUAGCCGAUGAUAAGAUCCAUAAAAUAGCUACGACUCUUGCCUACUUUACGGCUGAUGCCUAUUUGUGGUGCAUUAAUAAAAAUAGUACCAGUGGCUUACGGGGUUUAGUCGGUGGACCAGGUGGUAGUAGAAUCAUCGGUUGGGC